AUAUCUGAUUUCUAAUAUAUUGAAUCGAUAAUUAAAUUGUAACCCACAUCAGAUAGACAUGUGAAGAACAUAAAAUGAGUAGCGAACCAAUUAACCCUUACAGUUAUGUCUCUCCCCGACGUCCAAUCCCAACUCUACCUCGGAUUACCAAUGAUCCGAUCCUCUCACAAAAGAUGGCUAAAACCCGUGCCAAGCUCGCACAAUACCGAAAAAGUAAGCUGACUCAGGAUAUGCUGAUUAAAACGCUGCAUGGCCAGGCCACAGCCAACCUUCAGAAGGUUACAAUUCAGAAUAGGAUGCAGGGCAGGCCGAUAGCGGAGAAGCCUCCCGAGGAAGAAGCAGGCAGUUCCAGGAAGAGACCACCUCCCUUUCCAGACCAAAUGAUGAGUGAAGAUAGGAGAAUGAGGUUAAACUACGAGUUCAUGAAAAAGUGUGUCCAGUCAGCUCCGAUACCUACAAUGUCAGAGGACACAUGGGAGUCUAUCCUUACCAUGCUUCCACCUGACCUGAGAGAAGAGCCAGCUUAUUUUCCUCUCAUUGACUCGCUUCAUUUCGAAAUUGAGAAGGAAUAUGAGCUCAGUUUAAGGAGGUACAAUGUUGCUACCACACUGCUGAAGCCAGAUUCUGGAGGAAAAGUUCCCGAACCUAAGAUGAAGUUUGAUGAAGAGGGUCUUGACUUCUCAACACCUUGGAGAAAUUCUUAUGAAGUUUCCCGAGCUAAUAUUGCUCAGAAACUCAACAUUCUUCAUCCUUCAAUGCAGACUAUUCUCAAUCUUAGUCAGAAGUAUGUGGCUACCCUCUUGAUCGACUGUUCCCAUCUCAGAAAACAGGGUCCUAUCGACGCCGAAAACAUGAAAAACAACGUCAUCCUAGACUGUGAAAAGAACGAGGAAAAGUUGAUGAAUUCUUGGUUCCACGAAGUAGUCAACAUAUUCUAUGACAAGAAAUCGUUUGCACAUCUAAAAGAGGACCAACAAGAUAGUUUCUACAACUGUGUCUCUCAGUUGAUGGCAAACAUCCUACAAUCCAUCUUGGUGAACACCAUACAAUCCUGGGUGGGACUCUUUGACCCAAAGGAACAAGACAAUCUUCCUCUGUACAAAGUGCAGCUGGUACUGGAGGAUGGUGAAAUGAGUUUCUCUCCUCCGCUAGAUGAACUUGAAGAGAUGAUCAAGAGUGUUAUUAUGACCGUUUGUAAAAGUUUACAGAACGUCCCCGGUGUUCAGUCCUGGCUAUCGGGAGCUGCAACUUUCGUUCCUGUAAAGUCUGCUGUUCAGGAGACUAUCAUUGAUCUUAACACAAAACUUCUGAGUGAACGUGUCAAGGGUUACUUUGAGAAACCCAGGCAGCAUUUGAAGCAACUUCAAGACAAAUACCAGUAUCUAGUUGACGGAACUGCCCAGAAAGAGAUCGACGAUUUCCUCUCAACAGAGUGUGAACUUCAGCUAAAGCUGGAUAAGAUCGUCCACUUCAAGUCUGUAACCUCAGAGAUAGCUCUAGAAGACAGCUACGGUCACUACGAGUUGGUGGAUCUGAACAUGGAUCAGCUGAAAAGUAGCUUGCAGCAUAUUUCUAACAAGAUGGUUUCUCAGCUGCUGGAUGCUUUGGUGCAUCAACACAUUGACAAUAACAACGAUAUUAUUGCCGAGUUUGAGAAUAUAAAGACGACAGCCCUAAGGAAGCCUGAGGACACACAAGACAUGAUCGACUUGAUCGGAUUUACGACCAAAGCAACCACUGAGACUAUUCCAAAGUUACAAAAGGACAUCUCAGAAGCGGCCAAGAGGCUGCACUUUUUACUCGACCACUACAUCUUCACUGAGGAUGAGAUUGAUUUGAACAGAACGACCCUCAACUGGCCAUCCAAGAUUGCCCCAAUAUUUGAGGUGAACGAUGAAAUUGUCGCAGAAGCGAAGAAACAAGGAGAAACACACCUGGGAGACAGACGAGAGAAGGUGAUGUUAGACUUAUCUAAACUAAUGACAAAGGUAGAAGAGUUCAAUGACUGUGGAGACAUGGACAUGAUGCAGCAGUAUGUUAAGGAUGUCAUGCAGGUUCAAAAGAAGAUAAACGAGCUGACUGGAGAAAUUGAGUUUAUCAACAAAGAAGAGGAACUUUUCCAAUGGGAAAUAUCCAACUACUGUGAGAUCGAUCAAAUAUCGACAAUGCUGGAGCCAUAUCAGAAGUUGUUUACAACUGUGCUGAAGUGGCAGAGAACCGAAAAGAAGUGGAUGGACGGUUCCUUCCAGGAGCUGGAUCCUGAGGAAGUCGAGGCAGCAGUCGACGAAUUCUGGCAAGAAACCUACAAAAUAACAAAGACAUUUGCAAAGUCGACCAAGAAGACGGACAGUAAGGAUAAAUUGACAGCAACUACCAGACGAACCUCCUCUAUGGCCGUGGUGAAGGAUGGAGACCAGAGCCAGGAUGCUUAUUCGGUUUGUCAAAGAGUACAGAAGGGUGUGAAAGACUUCAAGGGAAAUCUCCCAGUGGUGUCGAUCAUGUGUAAUCCGGGACUGAGACAGAGGCAUUGGAAUGGAAUGUCUGAGAUCAUAGGAUUUGACAUUACCCCCGACUCGGGCAGUACACUCCGCAAAAUGCUGAAGAAUAAUCUGGAUCCCGUUUUGGAGGAAUUCGAAGGAAUAAGUAAUGCGGCAAGUAAAGAGUUCGGUUUGGAACGAGCGAUGCAGAAAAUGGCAGACGAGUGGGAGGAAAUAUAUUUCAAUACCACUCAGUACAGAGAUUCAGGUAUUUCCAUCCUGGCGUCUGUUGAGGAAAUCCAAACGACUCUCGACGAUCAGAUCAUCAAAACACAAACUAUGAGAGGAUCUCCAUUUAUCAAACCUUUUGAAAAAGAAAUUCGGUAUUGGGAGGAUAAACUCAUUUUGACUCAGGAGAUUAUCGAUGAGUGGUUGAAGGUUCAAUCGUGCUGGCUUUAUCUGGAGCCUAUAUUCAGUUCGCCAGAUAUCAUGUCCCAGAUGCCAGAAGAAGGCAGACUUUUCCAGGUCGUCGACAAGAACUGGAGGGACACCAUGAAAUUUGUAACCAAUGAUCCAAAGGUUCUCCACGCUACUUCAAUGCCGGGCAUGUUAGAGAAAAUGAGGGACAGCAACAACCUUCUAGACAAGAUCAUGAAGGGUCUGAACAACUACCUGGAGAAGAAGAGACUCUAUUUCGCUCGGUUCUUCUUCCUGUCAAACGAUGAGAUGUUGGAGAUCUUGUCUGAAACUAAAGAUCCUACAAGAGUCCAGGCGCAUUUGAAGAAAUGUUUUGAAGGUAUUGCCAAUCUGGAGUUUACCGGUGAUUAUGAUAUCCUGGCUAUGAUGAGCUCAGAGAAAGAAAAAGUAACCCUGACCAAGUCCAUCUCAACGUCAGAAGCUAGGGGCGCGGUGGAGAAGUGGCUUCUACAGGUACAAGACGAAAUGAAGCGGACCGUACACGAUCAGAUACGAUCGUCUUGGGAGGCAUACCCUGUGGACGAGAGAGUUCACUGGGCUACACAGUGGCCUGGACAGGUUGUAUUGGCAGUGUCCCAGAUAUUCUGGACUAACGAGGUCCACGAAGCUAUCAGAGAUAACAACCUACCAGACUACCUUCAGUUCCUUCGUGACCAGCUGGAAGCUAUCGUAGCUCUGGUCCGAGGUGAUCUGUCUAAACAAGCGAGGAUAACGCUCGGAUCUCUGGUGACUAUAGACGUGCACGCAAGAGAUGUGGUGGAAGAGCUGGCAAAUCUCCAGGUUUCCUCCGAGAACAGUUUCGAUUGGCUGUCCCAGAUGAGGUACUAUUGGGAGGACGACGACUGCGUUAUCAGGAUCAUUAACGCUCAUAUCGUGUACGGAUACGAGUACCUUGGUAAUUCCUUCCGACUUGUCAUCACUCCCCUCACAGAUAGAUGUUACCGAACCUUGGUCAGUGCCUUCCAUCUCCAUCUAGGAGGAGGUCCUGAGGGACCUGCUGGAACCGGCAAAACGGAAACCGUCAAAGAUUUAGCUAAAGCCAUCGCCAUCCAAUGUGUAGUGUUCAACUGUUCCGAUGGUUUGGAUUACCUUGCGAUGGGAAAGUUCUUCAAAGGUCUAGCGGCAGCGGGCGCUUGGUCCUGCUUCGACGAGUUCAACCGAAUUGAGCUGGAGGUGCUGUCUGUCAUCGCUCAGCAGAUGUUGACUAUCCAGAGAGCUAUCAUUGCGGAGGUAGACACGUUCAUCUUUGAAGGUACUGAGUUGGACAUUAUCCGGUCUUGUUUCGCUAACAUCACCAUGAAUCCCGGAUACGCUGGUAGGUCUGAACUGCCUGAUAAUUUGAAGGUGCUGUUCAGAACUGUGGCUAUGAUGGUACCAGACUACGCUCUCAUCGGUGAAAUUAUGUUGUAUUCCUUCGGUUUCGUUGAUGCCAGAAACCUUUCCGUGAAGAUUGUCACAACAUACAGACUCUGCUCGGAGCAGCUCUCUUCACUUCAUUACGAUUACGGAAUGAGAGCUGUAAAAGCCGUAUUGUCAGCUGCAGGUAAUCUCAAACUAAAGUUUCCCGAUGAUGUUGAGGACAUCCUCCUCCUGCGGUCCAUCAAUGAUGUCAACAGACCGAAGUUCUUGUCUCAUGACAUCCCGCUAUUUGAGGGUAUCCUUUCAGAUCUCUUCCCUGGAAUUGAACAACCUACACCAGACUACGACGUGUUCAUCAAAGCUGCUCAAACUAUUUGUGCUGACAAAAACUUGCAACUUACCGAUUCCUUUACGGAAAAGCUGAUCCAGACCUACGAGAUGAUGAUAGUCAGGCACGGAUUCAUGAUGGUCGGUGAACCGUUCGCCGGAAAGACUGUGGUUAUAGACUGUCUUGCAGAGAUGCUCACCCUUCUCAACUCUCAAGGGCAAAUGGAUGAACUGAGAGUCCACUACAAAGUCAUCAACCCCAAGUCCAUUACUAUGGGGCAACUGUUCGGGCAGUUUGAUCCUGUCUCUCACGAAUGGACUGACGGAGUGGUUGCUAACACUUUCAGAGAGCAAGCCUCCGCAGGGAAUGAUGAUAGAAGAUGGGUACUGUUUGACGGUCCUGUAGAUACUCUAUGGAUUGAAAGCAUGAACACAGUGCUGGACGACAACAAGAAACUAUGUCUCAUGAGCGGUGAAAUCAUCCAGCUCUCCAACUCUAUGAACCUUAUAUUUGAGACCAACGAUCUGUCUCAAGCUUCUCCUGCCACUGUUAGCAGAUGUGGUAUGAUCUACAUGGAGCCAGGUUCUCUAGGCUGGAGACCACUCUUCAACUCCUGGUUAUCCACUCUUCCACAAAAAGCUCAAGACUCCGUUGGAAAAUUACUGACCGGACUGUUUGACUGGGUUGUAGACAAGUCACUGAGAUAUGUUACUAAAUUCUGCAGAGAAAUCGUCGCCACUCCACAAAUAAACAGGGUUCAGUCUCUUAUGAAAAUAAUUGGCAUCUUUAUGAACAAGACCUUUGCUGACGACGAUAACCCAGACGACAAGGUGCUCAAGACUUGGACUCAGUGCUUCUUCAUGUUCGGAUGUGCCUGGUCUCUGGGAGCUACCGUUAACAGCGAAGGACGAGAAAAGUUUAACGAAUUCCUCAAAGAACUGCUCUCCUCGAAACCACCUCCAACUGUAGGUAAAAUUGAUCUGCCUUUCCCUGAUUCCGCCUCAAUCUACGACGCUAUGUUCGACAAACCAUCGUCUGGCAGAGGCAGGUGGUCCAACUGGACUGAGAGCUUGAAAGCUAUCGCAUUUGAAAAGGACGCGAAGCUGAGUGAAAUUAUUGUUCCAACCCUCGAUACCGUCAGAUACACCUACCUCAUGGAUCUGUACGUGAAUAGUGGAACUCCCUGUCUGUUUGUGGGGCCUACUGGUACUGGCAAGUCUGUAUACAUCAAGGACAAGCUCAUGAAUAAUCUGGAUGAAAACUACGUGCCGUUUUUCAUCAACUUUUCAGCUCAGACCACAGCAAACCAGUUGCAGUCCAUGAUCAUGGGGAAGCUUGAUAAACGUAGAAAGGGAGUCUUCGGACCGCCAAUGGGAAAGAAAAGUGUGAUAUUUGUUGACGACGUGAACAUGCCCGCUCUUGAACAAUACGGUGCUCAGCCUCCAAUCGAGCUUAUCAGACAAUACUUUGACCACGAGAUGUGGUACGAUUUAAAGGACACUACCAAGAUGAAGUUGCAAGAUCUCAUCAUAGUCGGAGCUAUGGGUCCUCCCGGUGGUGGCAGAAACCCUGUCACUUCUCGUUUCAUCCGUCACUUCCUGAUAACGAGCAUGUUAGAGUUUGAUAACGAUACUCUCACUCGAAUCUUCACAAACAUCAUCUCUCAUUGCUUCAAGACAGAGUCCUUCCCACCAGAGUUCCACCUGGUUGGUAACCAGAUAGUCCAAGCAACCCUCACAGUUUACCAAGCUGCCAUAGAUAACCUCCUUCCCACUCCUGCUAAAUCACAUUACGUUUUCAACUUGCGAGAUUUCAGUAGGGUAGUCUUGGGAGUGCUCCUGAUAAAGCCGUCUUCUGUUGAGAACAAACGCACGAUGAUCAGAUUGUGGACCCAUGAAGUUUACCGAGUAUUCAACGAUAGGUUGAUUGAUGAUGCUGAUCGAGAGUGGCUGUUUAAACAGAGCAAGGAGAUUGUCAACAAUUGUUUCAAGGACAAAUUUGAUGAUGUGUUUGAGAAUCUGAAAGGAAACAGCAGCUCAAAGAUUGUGUCCGAUGACAUGAGAUCUCUGAUGUUCGGAGAUUAUCUCGGGACCGUAGAUGAGCCUGAUUGCCAGAACAGAUUGUACGAAGAAGUGCCUGAUGUAGGAGAACUGACCCAGGUUGUGGAGACAUGUCUGGAUGAGUACAACAACACGCACAAGACUCCAAUGAACCUGGUCAUCUUCAGAUACUUCCUGGAACAUCUCUCCAGGAUCUGCAGAUGUCUCAAGGUGUUUGGUGGCAAUGCACUCCUGGUGGGAGUUGGUGGCAGUGGCAGACAGUCUCUCACCAGACUUUCAGCCUACAUGUGUAACUACAAAAUAGUGCAGCCUGAGAUAUCCAAGUCUUAUGGAAUGACCGAAUGGAAGGAAGAUUUGAAGGCUCUGUUGAUAUCUGCUGGAGUGAAGGGUUCUCCAACUGUUUUCCUACUGACUGAUGCACAAAUCAAGAUGGAGUCCUUCCUCCAAGAUAUUGAUAACUUGUUGAACACUGGCGAAGUGCCAAAUCUCUUCCCACCUGAUGAGAAGCAGGAAAUCAUUGAAGGUGUUCGAGCUGUCGCACAACAAGAGGACAAAUCCAAAGAAUACUCGCCUAUGGCACUAUUCGCAAUGUUCGUGAACAGAUGCAGAGAAAACCUCCACAUCAUAUUGGCUUUCAGUCCUAUCGGAGAUGCUUUCAGGAUCCGCCUAAGACAGUACCCCUCGUUCAUCAAUUGCUGUACCAUCGAUUGGUUCACUGCUUGGCCUCAAGAUGCUCUGGAAAGAGUUGCCUUCAAGUUCUUGGAGGCGAUUGAGAUGGACGAUUCUAUCAGAGAGGGUGUUGUCACGACGUGUCAGACAUUCCACGAAAGUGUUAGACUCCUAUCUGAGAAGUUCUACAAGGAGCUAACUCGACAUAAUUAUGUGACCCCCACAUCAUAUCUUGAACUGAUCGGUUCAUUCAAGAACCUGAUCAAGAGGAAGCAGGAUGAGAUUAUGAAGAACAAGACCAGGUACGAGGUUGGUUUGGAAAAGCUUAAAUUUGCUGCCGAACAGGUGGGAUCAAUGCAGAUCGAGUUGAAGGAACUGCAGCCCCAGCUGGUCAUCACUGCCGCAGAAAACGAGAAGAUGAUGAUACACAUAGAAAAAGAGUCAGUGGAUGUGGAGAAAAUGAGUAAGCUAGUACGAGCUGACGAAGAGGUUGCAACUGCUAAAGCUAAGGAGGCGACAGAUUUAAAAGAAGAGUGUGAGAGUGAUCUGGCGGAGGCUAUACCUGCGCUGGAGGCAGCUCUUUCUGCUCUGGACACCUUAAAACCAGCUGAUAUUACCAUCGUGAAAUCCAUGAAAAGUCCUCCUGGUGGAGUGAAGCUUGUUAUGGCGGCUGUUUGUGUGAUGAAAGAUUGUAAACCAGACAGAAUAAAUGAUCCAGCAAAUCCCGGCAGUAAGAUCGUUGAUUAUUGGGGACCGUCCAAAAAACUGCUUGGAGACAUGAGUUUCUUGAAUGGCUUGAAGAUUUAUGAUAAGGAUAAUAUCCCUGUACACAUUAUGAAGAAGAUUAGGCAGGAAUUUGUUCCAAACCCAGAGUUUGAUCCCAACAAGGUAAAGAAUGCUUCUUCCGCUGCUGAAGGAUUGUGCAGAUGGGUUUUAGCUCUUGAGAUUUAUGACAGGGUUGCUAAGGUGGUAGCUCCAAAGAAAGAGGCCCUGAGAGAAGCUGAAAUUUUAGUGAACAAACUUAUGGAGACUCUGGACGAAAAACGUGCUGAGUUGGCCGCUGUUGAAGCAAAACUGACUGCUUUGAAAGACAGUCUGAAAGAUAAGAUUGAGAUGAAAGAGAGAUUAGAAAUUCAAGUUGAUCAGUGUGAGAAGAAGUUGGUUCGAGCUGAAAAGCUGAUCGGUGGCCUGGGCGGUGAGAAAGACAGGUGGUCCCAAUCUGCUGAAGAUCUGCAGUUUAUGUACGAUAACCUCAUCGGUGAUGUUUUGAUAUCCUCGGGUGUUGUUGCUUACCUUGGUCCGUUCACCACGUCUUAUCGUGGUAUUUGUGUCAAUGAAUGGGUAAAAUCCUGUUCCGACUGCGGUAUCACAUGUUCCCAGGAUUUCUCACUUAGCAAAACUUUAGGUGAUCCCAUUAAGAUUCGGGCUUGGAACAUCGCUGGUCUUCCAUCAGAUGCAUUCUCCAUUGACAAUGGUGUUAUCGUGGAUAAUGCUAGACGUUGGCCGCUGAUGAUAGAUCCCCAAGGUCAAGCCAACAAAUGGAUCAAAAAUUCUGAAAAGGAAAACAAGCUAUCUGUCGUAAAAUUCACAGACUCCGACUUCAUGAGGACUCUAGAGAACUCAAUCCAAUUUGGCAACCCCGUGCUGAUUGAAAAUGUUGGAGAAGAGCUUGAUCCUUCUCUUGAACCCCUGCUACUUAAACAAACUUUCAAACAGGGCGGUAUUGUUUGCAUCAAGCUGGGAGAGGAGACAAUUGAGUACUCCGCUGACUUCAAGUUGUACAUAACCACCAAGCUAAGGAACCCUCAUUACCUACCAGAGAUUUCUGUCAAAGUUUCUCUUUUGAACUUCAUGAUCACACCAGAGGGUCUCGAAGAUCAGCUGCUUGGUAUCGUGGUUGCGAAAGAAAGACCAGAGCUUGAGGAGGAGAGGAAUGCUCUCAUCAUUCAAUCUGCCGCCAACAAGAAGAGUCUCAAAGAGAUUGAGGACCAGAUUUUGGAAACUCUGUCCUCAUCGGAGGGAAACAUUCUUGAGGACGAAUCCGCUAUUCAUGUCCUGAACAACGCUAAAGUUCUGUCAAAUGAGAUUGAAAAGAAGCAAGUUGUUGCGGAGAAAACAGAAAAGAUGAUCGCUCAAUCCCGAGAGGGUUACAGAUCUAUUGCCAAGCAUUCUUCUGUCCUCUACUUCUCCAUUGCAGAUCUGCCAAACAUUGAUCCUAUGUACCAGUACUCUUUGGCUUGGUUCAUCAAUCUGUACAUGAUGUCUAUUGAGCAGUCCAACAAAUCAAAGAUCCUGGAAAAGAGGUUGAGGUAUCUUACUGAUCACUUCACGUACAGUUUGUACAAGAACGUUUGUAGGUCCCUGUUCGAGAAAGACAAGCUGCUCUUCUCCUUCCUACUUUGUACUAAUCUUUUAAAGGACCGUGGAGAGGUGAACCAGGAGCAGUUUAUAUUCUUCCUGACCGGAGGAAUUGGUUUAGAGAACAGUGUUCGGAAUCCAGCACCAGAAUGGCUGUCAGAUAAGAGUUGGGAUGAAGUCUGCAGGAUGUCUGAUUUGCAUGGAUUUGGAGGAUUUAGGAAGAGUUUCAUGGCGAACAUCCUGGAUUGGAAGCGGUAUUAUGAUGCAAAAGAACCGCAAAAGGUGAAACUACCCGAGCCAUGGCAUUCAAAGCUUAGUGACUUCCAAAAGAUGACGGUGCUACGAUGCAUCAGAGCUGACAAGGUGGUUCAGGCCGUGACAAACUUUGUGGAAGAGAAACUUGGACGUCACUUCAUCGAGCCUCCACCCUUUAAUAUUGCAACAUGUUUCCAGGACUCUAACCCCAUUAUGCCCCUUAUUUUUGUGCUCUCUCCUGGUGCUGAUCCCAUGGCUGGACUACUGAAAUAUGCUGAGGACAAAGGAUACGGUGGUUCAAAAUUCAAUGCUAUCUCUCUUGGUCAGGGUCAAGGUCCGAUCGCUAAAAAGAUGAUAGAAGUUGCCCAAGAGGAAGGUAGCUGGGUUGCUCUACAAAAUGUGCAUCUUGCUGUUUCAUGGAUGCCACAGCUUGAAAAGAUAUGUGAAGAUUUCACCCCAGAUACUGUGAACAGCAACUUCAGACUUUGGCUGACCAGCUACCCCUCUCCUAAAUUCCCAGUAACAGUUCUACAAAACAGUGUUAAGAUGACAAACGAACCCCCAACUGGUCUCAGAGCAAACCUUAACCAAUCCUUUACUACUGAUCCCGUGAGCGAUCCCAAGUUCUUUGCAGGGUGCCCUGAAAAAGAGGUCGUCUUCGAGAAGCUUCUCUUCAGCUUGUGCUUCUUCCAUGCGAUCGUGCAAGAGCGUAAGAAGUUCGGUCCUAUCGGGUGGAACAUCGCUUAUGGGUUCAACGAUUCAGAUCUUCGCAUUAGUCUUCAGCAGCUGCAACUGUUUGUGAACGAGUACAGUCACAUUCCCCUCAAUGCAGUGACGUAUCUGACGGGUGAGUGUAACUAUGGAGGCAGGGUGACUGAUGAUUGGGACAGACGCUGCAUUACCACCAUCCUCAAAGUCUACUACACCGAGGAUGUUGUUCACGACCCCAAGUACAAAUUCUCUCCCUCUGGCACCUAUCACGCUCCUCCUAAUGGAACUUAUGAGUCUUACAUCCAGUUUAUCAAACAGCUGCCACAGACUCAGCUUCCUGAAGUGUUUGGUAUGCACGACAACGUGGACAUCUCCAGAGAACUCCAAGACACAAAGCAUCUCUUUGAGGAUCUGCUCUUAACUCAAGCGCAGUCGACUGGAGGUGGUGCUGGUGGAGCUACCACUGAACAGAAGCUCACAGACAUCGCUACUGACAUCCUUUCUAAGUUACCUCCUCAGUUCGAUAUAGAGGAUGCAGUGGAGAAAUAUCCUGUUACGUACGAGGAAAGUAUGAACACGGUCCUUGUCCAGGAGAUGGAACGAUUUAACCGACUUUGUGGAGUCAUCUCAACCUCGCUAACCAACCUUCAGAAAGCUAUAAAAGGUCUAGUUGUUAUGUCAGAGUCACUGGAGAGUGUGGCUAGCACUCUCUUGGUGGGUAAAGUACCUGAUCUAUGGUCCAAAAGUUCUUACCCCAGUCUUAAACCCCUGGGAUCAUACAUUAACGAUCUCGUGGCUCGACUUAAAUUCCUGAAGACCUGGUACCACGACAAUAAGCCAACCUGUUUCUGGAUCUCCGCUUUCUACUUUAACCAAGCGUUCUUGACGGGCGUGAAACAGAACUACGCCAGAAAGUACACUAUUCCCAUCGAUAAACUGGAGCUAGAUUUCGAGGUGUUACCAUGUGAUGACAUAGACUCACAUCCCGAGGACGGAGCUUAUGUGAGGGGACUUUAUUUGGAGGGUGCCCGAUGGGACACCAAGAAGAUGUCUCUAGCCGAGUCCUUCCCUAAGAUAUUGUACGAUACAGUUCCCGUCAUUUGGUUGAGACCAGCCAUUAUGACAGAGAUAUCCACUGAGGGUAAGUACGUCAGUCCUGUUUACAAGACUAGUGCGAGACAAGGCCAACUCUCGACCACCGGACAUUCUACUAACUUUGUGCUGGCGAUUAAUCUGCCUACUAUAAAACCCCAAAAGCAUUGGGUACUCCGCGGAACGUGCCUUCUCUGCAGCUUGGACGAUUAAACGUUUUGAAAGAGCAUUAAAAUGAUUCGUAUUUUGUAAAAAGUUAAAGCAAUGAUGUUUACUUAGAAGACUUGAUUAAAAUUUUAAUGCACGUUGUUGGGUAAAGCUGUGCGCGAGACAAGCUGUAUUCUCCAUACUCCUCUUAAAAUAUCGAUAUUUUAAUCUUAUAGGUAUAGUCAGAAAAAUCGAUCAUUAGUUUGUGACACAACAUGUUGUGAAUGCGACUGUCACUGUGGUGAGGAACGUAUAACACGCUAUAUAAUCAUAACUGUAGUCUAGAUAGAUUUAUAAUAGAUUGAUAGAUUUAUAAUAGAUUGAUAGAUUUUCGUAUUUAUUAUGGAUUACGGCGUGGCGGAGAAACUUUCGCUUCCAACACUUAGAACCCGUGCCCUUGUUAAUUAAGUGAUUUUAGAAAAAAACAAAGAAGUGAAGUGAAGAUUUGCACGAUUAAUAAAUAGUAAACUGUAAAGCUGUAAGAACUAUGUAAAUGUUUUCGCGUGGUCUAAAUAACAUCUUUUUAAGAGCAAUAGUUGUAUGUACAAAACUGUGUAACAAUAGUGUUCAUAAACUUCAGAUAUUCAUUUUCAUAACUUGUAA